AUGUGUGUCAUGUUAAUCCCGAGGGUAUUGUUACUUUGACUUUUGCUAGAGACAUGAAGCCCAGAAAGCCUUCGAUCUGUAAUUGACGUCUUCCCAGUCCCCUCAAAUCCAUCUCUUGCUGUAAAGUACCUAGGUAGACAUCACUAUCACACAGCCAGCCUAAACCAGCGCAUAUCAAGAAUGGCGAUCGAAGGAAUACCCAAAGAAAUGACGGCGGUGCAGGUAGUCGAGUUUCAUAAACCAUACAAGAUCCACAAAGUGCCCACACCAACCUCGCUCAAAGAACAUGAGAUCCUGCUCAAGACCGUAGUCGCCUCAUUAUGCCACACGGAUUCAAUGGUCACCGAGGGCAAGUUUCCCACCACCCUCCCAUGCACGGCGUCGCACGAAGGCACAGGUAUCGUCAAAGCCGUCGGCAGCAAGGUAACCAACUUCAAAGUCGGCGACCGUGUCAUGUCUGGCCUGCCCAAGAAUCCGUGCGGCACCUGCUAUAAUUGUUCCGGUCCCAACGACUGGCAUCAGUAUUGCGAGAACAUCGAUGGCCAUAUCGGCGUGUUUGUCGACGGCGCGUUCGCAGAGUACCAUGUCGUCGAAAGCCGGAACAGUUGCCUCAUCCCCGACGGCGUGAGUUCUGCAGCUGCCGCACCGCUCGCGUGCGCCGGGUGCACGAUCUACCGCGCUUUGAUAGUCAGCGAAGUCAAAAAGGGUGAAUGGGUCGCCAUUGUCGGCGCGGGCGGUGGGCUAGGCCAUCUGGGCAUUCAGUUCGCGCAGGCGAAAGGGAUCAACGUCGUUGCGAUCGACGCGCGGGACGAGGCGCUCGAGUUGUGCAAGAAAGCUGGGGCGGAGCACAUUCUCGACGCGCGAGAGGGCAAGGACAAGCUUGUCAAGCAAGUCCAGGAUCUGACGGACGGGUUGGGCGUGCAUGCGUCGAUCAAUGUGAGUGAGCAUGAGACUGCGGCGACGACAUCGUGUGCAGUGACCCGUAUGCACGGGAUCAUGGUGCAGGUUGCGCAGCCGGAUAAGGUGUGCAUUGAUUUCAAGGAGUUGAUUUUCCGGGACAUUCGCGUCAAGGGCACGCUCAUUGCUGGGCAGGAGUACUCCCAACAAAUGCUCGAGGAUGUGGCCAAGUACAAGAUCAAGGUUGAGACGAAUUUGUUUUAUGGCUUGGGGGAGGUGCCUAAGAUGGUGGAGCUGGCUCAUUCGGGCAAGAUGAAGGGCAAGGCUGUCUGCGUGGUGGAUAAGGAGGCACUUGACGCGGAGAAGGCUGAUGCUUAGAAGAAUUGCUGUGGUUGAAAUGUCGAAGACAAUGGCAUACUGGAACAAGUGAAUGAAUAUUGU